AUGUUCGUCAGAGCUUCCAGAAACGCAUCUCGGAGAUUCCCCUCCAUAUUGCAGAAACCCUUCACCACUCGUCAAUUCUCUAUCAAGGAUUAUAAGGAGGCGAGCACAGCUGCUCAACAAUUGAAAACAAGUUUCGAGCUACCAUGCCCAACGGAAGUUCAAGCCGAUGGAACCAGGGCCUUCCAACUCACGAAAAUUGUCGCCACUAUUGGCCCUACCUCCGAACAGCUUGAACCUCUGAAGAAGGUUGUUGAUGCUGGAAUGAAGAUCAUGAGAUUGAAUUUCUCUCAUGCCACAACUGAGGAAGUUGAAUUGCGUCUUGCCAAUCUCGCCAAAGCUCAGGAUACCGUGAGCCAUGAUGGCCAUGUAGCACGUACUCAAGACGUUCGCGCAACACUGUUGGAUACUCGAGGACCUGAAAUAAGGUGCGGUAAAUUGAAGGGUGAUUUAUCUGGCCAUGAGACCAUUUCGCUUGUAAAGGGAGAAACAAUUACACUACAAACCGCUUCAAAAUACGAAGACGAAGGGUCUACAGAGACAGAUUUGUUUAUUAACUACUCCAAGCUUAAUGAGUGCAUGUCACCCGGCAUGAAGGUUUUGCUUGACGAUGGCGCGGUGAUCCUUACUGUCACAGAGGUUGCAACAGGAGAAAAUGGUCCUGUCACUUGUUCGAUCGACAACUCUGGAGAACUUCGUUCUCGAGCUGGAGUCAACCUCCCCAUGGCAGAAACUGACCUACCUGCAAUGAGUGAAAAGGACAAAAAGGACAUCAAGUAUGGACUUGAAAUUGAUGUUGACUACCUCGCAGCUUCUUUCAUUCAAAGCGCUGAGGGCGUUCGCGAAAUUCGCACGUACAUGGAGCAAUGUGCGGCAGAGCUAGGAUGGGAGAAGGACCGGCCAUUGCCUCUGAUCAUUUCCAAGAUCGAGAGUGCUUCAGCUCUUAUCCACUUUGAUGAAAUUUUGGAAGAGUCCGACGGUAUCAUGGUUGCACGAGGAGAUCUUGGUGUUGAGAUUCCAAUUCAACAAGUAACCAACGCUCAAAAGGAGAUGGUUGCUGCGUGCAAUGCAGUCGGAAAACCCGUGAUUGUUGCCACCCAAAUGCUUGAGUCGAUGGCAAAGAAUCCAAGACCAACUCGGGCUGAAGUUUCUGAUGUGACUAACGCUGUUUAUGAUGGUGCUGACGCUGUAAUGACAAGUGGAGAAACUGCUAAAGGAAAGUAUCCUUCUGAAACCAUCAAGAUGAUGAACGACAUCAUCCUAGCUGCCGAGUCCUACGUCAGUUCCGGAUCGUUGGGUAGUCUAUACGUCCAACAUGGAGGAACAAGAAGCCUAUACAGUGGCGAAAAGAAAAUGACCACAGCUGUUGCCAAGGCUUCUGUAACCGCGAGUCUUGUACAUGAUGCAUCAGCCAUCUUGAUCCUCUCCGAAGACGGAGGGUUUGCACCAAUUGUUUCUGCAUUCCGCCCGAAUUGCCCCAUCGUUGCCUUCUGCUCGACUGGAAAGGCUGCCCGACAACUGAACUUGCGUCGCGGAAUUUUCCCGGUCAUUGGGCUGACUGAUGUUUCUCCAGAAGAAAAGGGCACAGUUGCUAUGGAAGAAGCCAAGGCGAUGGGAUUCGUCUCUACGGGUGACUCUAUCAUCAUGCUUGACAUCAGCGAAAAGUACGGUGGCGCCUCUUUCACUACUGCCACUGUGUCAUAA